AUGCAUCUCACUUUAGAAACAGAAUUAGGAGUAAAUAACUUAAUAAUAAACGAUUUCCCAAGAGAUGAAUAUGCUGACUUUCUUAGUUAAAAAUCCCUAUCUGAACAUGGUUUUCCAGUGCCAGAAUUAAAAAGAAAGCUUUAAGACGAUGCUGUGCCACCACCUAAUUCUAAAGACUAAUAAAUCAGUUUUAUGAUGAGCCCAAUAAUUUCCCCUAGUUUUGAAGGAUGCAAAGCAAAUGAAAUUCUUCUUGUUAAACCUAAUACAAACGGCGGUACAUAGACAUCAUUUUAAACUCAUAAUUCAAAAUUAAGAAAUUCAUAAACAACAGUUGGUGAAGAUUUGAUGAGAUACUUAUAGAUAAGAAGAUUUUUUAAUCGGUUUAUGCGUUCCAUGCAUCUUUUUAGUAGAUUACAAAAGCAUCAUUUAGAUAUUCUAAAUGACUCUGCUUCUAAUUAUGAUCCAAAAAUAUUUGGAUAAAGAUAAUUCAAUUUCAGGCCUUUAGGAAUGAUUAAAAAUCUCAAUCUCCCAAAAAUACCUUCUAUUAGUUAGAAAAUUGAAAAAAUAAUAAAUAGAAUAGGUUAAACAAUAAAAUAAAAAAUUGAAUACUGGGAUUAAAAUAUUAGAAUAUUUUAACCUGAAGAGAGAAAUAAAAUUAUUUGGGACAGUGGACUUUCAAUUUCUAGAAUAUAUUUUAUUAUAUUAAUUCCUAUGGAUAUAUCAUUUGAAUAAGAAUUCUUAUACUCUGGUUAAUUAUUUACUCUAACAGUUAUUAUGACAAUUCUUUUAAUGAUGGAUAUACUCCUAAAUUUAAAUACAGCUUACUAUUAAUUUGGACUUAUUGUAAAUGAAAGAUCUAAAAUAUUUAAUCAUGUUAUAAGUAAAGCGUAUGGUUGUGAUGCCAUAUCGGUCAUUUACUUAUUUAUUUUAAUGUUUUUAAAUUGGGAUGAAUAUUAUGAAUAAAAACAAUAUAUUUUAGUUGGUUUAUUGACAUUUAUUGGAUAAUACUAGAAUAUCACUAAAUUAAUUAGAUUAAGUGAAGAAGUUCUAAAUUUGACUAAAGUUACAGCCUCAAUUUUAGAGUUAGUAAAGUUGAUAGUUUUUUUAAUUUUUAUUUUACAUGUUGCAACUUGUAUUUGGUAUGGAGUAUGAUAUUAAAUUUAUAUACUUAGGUAGGUAAUUAUGGUUUGCAAUAUCUGGGAUCUAGUUGGAUACACAAAUAUAAUUUAGAAGACAAUAAUUGGGCUGAGAGAUAUUUACGAUCCUUUUACUUUUGUACUGUUACUAUGUUUACUGUGGGAUAUGGUGAUCUAACUCCUUAAUGUAAAUAAAUAAUUAAUUUAAUUUCAGCUGAUCUAGAAUAUACAAUUUGCAUAAUCUUCAUCAUGAUCUUUAGUAUUUAGUUACCAUAUAGUGUUAAUACUGUAGGAACUAUAAUUGAUGAAAUUUCAAAAUAUAGUGAACAAAAACUAUAGAAAUUGAGAAUUAUAAACACUUAUAUGACGAAAAAGAAAAUUAGUUUCUAAUUGUAAUUUUAAAUUAGGGAAUACUUAAACUAUUAUUGGGAAAUGGAAAAUACUUAGUAAUCAAACGAAGAAUAAGUAAUUAUAGAACAAUUAUCAGAAUAAUUAAGAGAAUAACUAAUGGUAGAAGCUAAUUCUGUUGUUCUAAAUAAUUGUUCUUUGUUUAAAAAUAAUUUUUCUCAAGAAUUCAAAAAAGCUCUUGUAAAAAAAAUAAGAUCAAUAUCUAUUUAACCUGAAAAUAUUAUUGAUUAUUCAACAGAACCUGAUGCUUAUUAGAAUGCUUAUCUUACAUUUGUUGAAUCAGGAGAAGUUGAAGUAUAACUAUCUGAUCAAAUAUUCUCUCUUGGAACUACUUUUCAUAAAUUAACUCCAGGUAGUAUUUUUGGAUUAUAUGAAUUCAUAACAGGUUAAGAACAUAAAGAAGUUUAUAAGAGUGUUGGAUUCACUAAAUUACUUAUUUUACCAAGAUCGGCCUUCAUAAAAAUUUUGAAAGAAUUUUAAGAGGAUAGAGAAAAGUUUUGUUAAAUCAGAGAUAAUUUAUUGUAUAAUUUUUCAAAGUAAUCCCUCAAAAAUUUAGAUAUAUCAUGUUACGUAUGUUAAUCCAGAGAACAUCGCUUCAAAGAUUGCCCUUUACUUCACUUUUGUCCUGAUAAAGAAAGAAUUAUUAAGUCUUUUACUUUUGUUAAAGAAUAAACCAGAGAAAAAUCAAUUAGAAGACCUGGCUAAAAAUCUGAUAAUCGUUAUUUAUAUAAUAAAGCAUUAUUAGACUUUAAAAUCCUAAAAGAAACAGCAGAAUAUAUUUAAGAUGAUUUUUGGCAAGAAACACAAAUUUAUGAUUUAGAUAUAGAGAAUGGUUAUACUAGUCCUAAUAAUAAUAAUGGUACUUAAGGAUCUCCUUAACAUUCAUCUAGUUCAGAUGAUGAAAAAGAUGAAAUUGUUUAAGAAUUAUCAAGACCUUCACUCAAUUCUUCAUAAAAAUUUCCUAGAUAAACCAGAACUACUAGAUUAUUAGAAAUUAAUCAAAUGAAAAAACUUUAAACUAGAAAAUCCAGUAUAUCUCCUAUGAUUCCAAGAGCUUCUUCAUAUUUAAUUGAAACUUCAUUAUAACCUAAAUAAUCUAUUUUUAGUUAAUCAAAGUCACUUCUCACAAAUAAUCAAAAUUCUGAUGAAAAAGUACAAUCUUAAGAUUUAGAAAUUAAAAAUGAAACAUCUAUUUAAGUAACUACUUAACAAUCAGAAUAAAUCAAACCACCAAUUAGUCCUUUAAAAUAAAAUUAUAUGAAAUCAGCAUUAAAAAAAUUAAAUGAUAAUUCUCAUAACCAAGAAAAUGAUAAUCAUGUAAGAAAUUCUCAAGAGGAAAAGGCCAAAAAAGUUAAAGUUAAAUUUCAAUAAGCUUUUACAUUUAUAAAGAGAUUAAAAUAAUUAAAAUUUUCUAAAGAAAUUGAAAAACCUCCUAGAAUACAACAAAAAUAAUAGACUAUGAUAGUAUAAAAAUAAAAUCUAAAUUUAAUUUAAUAAAGAAUACAAAGAAAAAGCAAUACCUUGACUUUGCAGGAUCAAAAAAAAUUAGAUUUAUUAGUUAUAGAACUUAAUAAUUAAUUAAAUAAUAGAUUUUAAGAAGUAGAGAAUUUUGAAAAUAAAAAAGAUUUUAAAAUCUAUUUACCUCAUAAUAAUUUGGCAAAUUUAUAAAUAUCUACUAAAUUCCAUCCCAAAUUCUUAAGCAAUAUGACUCUUUAUAUAAAAUAUUUCUUAUAUCCUGCAGAGUUUAUCAAGAGAUAUAAAAAUAAAGAUCCAACAAUAUUAGAAGUUAAGCCUGUGUCCUUUGCAACAUAAAUAAAUGCAUAUAAAGAUAUUUUGAAAUUUAGAAAAUAGGCUAGAAAAAAAAUUAACAAAAAAUAGAUAGUUCCAGAAUGA